ACUUUCACUCUGCUCUCACAGCCCAUCCUGUGCAGAGGCACGUUGUUGUUGCUUUCUAAUUUGAAGCAGUAAAAGCCAUGCCUUUGGUUGUCUACACUCUACUCAUCAUUCUGUGCAAUGUUCGGUGCUUGAUCCGUGGGGCUUCUGUGGCUGUCCCAGACAUUGCUGUGAGAUGUGCUGAAGAAGCGCUGCUGCCCUGUAAAGUUCUUCGGGACACCUCCAUCACCUACCAGACAGUGUCUUGGUAUAAAAUGGCUGGAGAAGGUGAAGGAAUAGCAUGGAAAGUCCUUGAUGUGGAAUCUCAAUAUCCCAAAGAACUUGGGGGGUCCCUGGAGCUCUCCAAUGGCACCUUCUUUUCGCUGAGGAUCAAAAAUGUGACCAGCCAAAACAGCGGGACAUAUAAGUGCACUUUGGGGGAACAGAGAGGAGAACACAAUCUGAGCAGCACAGUCACAUUAAAAGUAACAGGUUGCCCUGGAAUAGAAGAUGAAAAAUUAAAAAAACACAAAGCUGAGCUUUUCAUGCUGACUUGCCUUGGGAUUUUUUACUUGCUGCUCAUCUUUUUCACCUGUAUGUGUCUAAGAAAAGAGAGCAUGUCUCCCAAUAGUCGAAAACCCAGACCAGAUAUGCAGCACAUGCUCACCCUCAUCAAUGUACAUGAAACGACAACUUUGCAGGCUUUAAACGGCAACAGCACUUGCAAAACUGAGCUUACUUCAGGUUCUGUCUAAGUUGACGCUGAUGGGACUGGGGGCUCAUCAGUAAACACAACACAAGCUGGAUGGCUGAGUGGUAUGAAGAGGAAAUAAAUGAUAAUAUACAGCCUCUUCAGAACAGCCUGAAGGUAUCAGAAACCUGCCAGUGAUCUGCUUGUGCUGGACAAGCCUUCGACAAUGUUAUGCACUACAGUAACUUUAGGGAGUUAGGUGGCUAAAAAAUACCAUUAGAGCUACACAAUACUGUUACGAAGUUGGUAUCAACUUUAUUUCACUCUGCUGUGCAGCUCUCUUGCUCUGAGCAAGAACAGGCCUGUGACAUGAAGACGGAGUUAUAGGGAGGCCAUGGUAGCGCAAAGCUGACGGAUUAAGCUCUUCACCGAACUAAUAGCUCUCAUCUUUCAGAAGUAAACACAACAGGUGCUGCAGUAUGAAAAGAUAAGUGUGCAGGGUUGUUUCUUCUCUGAGCCUGAUUCUGGAUGUAGUUCCUUUACUGCAAAUAGGAUGUAACUUGUCACGUGAUGUUCAAGUAAGCUGAAGGGGUGACUUCAUGGUCUUGUACUGGGUGGAUCAAAUCAACAUUCACUUUUGAAUCUGAGUGACAAACAGGCUGAAACAUAAGAAAGGGGAAAAUACUCUGGAAAUCUUCCUGGACUGAGAGGAACUUUCUAUCUCUGCAGGAGAAAUAGGGACACAUUUCCCAGAGGCAUCUCUAGAUAGGUCAAACCAUAGGAAGCUUCGACAAGACUGUUAACCUUAAAACAACAAAAAGUAGAGUGAAGAAGCCUGUGACAUUAAGGACAUGUAAAGAUGACUUUUUUUGUGGUUCAUAAACAUGAAGCCAAAUGUAUGUGACACCUAUGUCAGUCAAGUUACACAAGUGAUGACCAUAGCCAUGGCUUGGAAGAAAUCAUCCAUAUCUUUGGGAUGUAUUAAGUCAGUCGUGAAAUACAGGAAUGGAAGAUGGGACAUAUAAGCACUUAUUUUUGGUGCUGACAAUGUGUAUGUAUGAGAAAUGAGAACAUGAGAAAAGCUGAAUGCAAGAACACAGUACAAGACUUGUUCUCUUGGACCAAAGAAAGCAAGAGGAAUUCUGGAGUCUGAAAUCAAGGAGCCUCCCUUAUCAGGCUGUUGGUGCAGAAGGUGAAGCAAGAGGAGUCUGGAGUGACUGUGGCUGAUUAUGCCACAUCAGAAUUUGAGCCAGAACAUGAGAAUUUGCAAGCACUUAAGAACACAAUAAAAAAAGAAAUAAAAAAAAAAAAAAAAAAAUUAAAGCCUUCAAGAACUAAACUGCAGCAUUAGGAUUUUUAAAGCAGUUUGGAAUUCCAGGUUGUUGACAAGGAAGCUCUUUGUGUAAUUCUUUGACUAAUUUUGAGGUGUUGAUGGGAAAAAAAGCACUGCGGAUCACUCAGUAUUGCCUCUAUGAGCAGGGCCUAAAGGGGCUCCUGGUCAGAAGAUUGGUUACAAGGGGUAUGCAAUUUACUUAGAGCAUGGUAAAUGAAUGCCACGUUUGUUUUUUUAUAGUCUGUUUUUACAUAAAAAUAUGUGUUACAUACUUGAAAUAAAAAUUCAGAAGUAACCUACUAUUUGUUUUUGUGCACCACAUAUGGCAAA